ACCAGCAAAUAUUGACAGAGUGAAGGUCGUGGCAAGACCCUUUGGCCCAAGUCUGUCGUGGAAGGACAAGCCUGCAGUUCAAAGGGACUGGUCCACUGGAUUUGCAUGAACAGAACCUGGGCAAUUUCUAAAACUGAGUUUUAAAACUGGCAGCUCUUUUACCAGCUCUUUGUGUUUUUGAGAAGCCCCUCCCUGUACCAACUUCCUUACAGCUGUUCUUGUUUCCUGUUGUAGGAUUUUUUUUCAUUUCCAGAGAAGGGAAAUCAAUACAACCCUUCCAUAGGAGGGAAGUGGUUGGUCUGAUCUUAAGCAGUGUUAGAAGAUCUAUUUUAAUCCAAACCAGGCAUCUGGGCUGGGUUAAUUGUAACCUGGGUCAAGCAAUGGAUCACAAGAUGUUUUCUCGGUUUGCGUGCUGUCUUGUGGUUGUGUGGCUGGUUUCUGCCUCAGAUGAGAGCUGUCCAGAACUUCCCCCAGUGGACAAUAGCAUAUUUGUUGCAAACAAGAUGGAAGGAAAAAUCCUGGGGACUUACUUGUGUAUCCAGGGCUACCACCUGGUAGGAGAGAAAACCCUUUUCUGCAACGCCUCUCUGGAGUGGAAUGGCUCCCCUCCCGAGUGCCGCUUCGGCCACUGUCCCAACCCUGUGCUGGCGAAUGGUGAGUUCAGUUCCUUGGGGCCUGUGAGUGUGAAUGACAACAUCACAUUUAAGUGCAAUGAGCACUACAUCCUCAAGGGCAGCAGUUGGAGCCAGUGCCUGGAGGACCACACCUGGGUGCCACCCUUUCCCGUCUGCAAAAGCAGACACUGUGGCCCUCCUGGGAAUCCAGCUCAUGGCUAUUUUGAAGGAGGAGAUUUCAGCUCAGGAUCUACCAUUACUUACUACUGUGAAGAGAAGUACCACUUAGUGGGCACGCAGCACCAACAGUGCAUUGAUGGGGAGUGGAGCAGUGCAAUUCCAGUCUGUGAGCUGAUCCAAGAAGCUCCCACACCAGCUCCACAGACUGAGUGUGAGAAGGCGCUUGAGAGUGAGGAAGUUUGCAAAGCUGUAAAGAAAUUUAUGCAAAGAUUACAGGAAAAUGGCUUAACAAUGGAGGAACUAAAAUAUUCUCUGGAAAUGAAGAAAGCUGAGUUGGCAGCAAAAAUGUUACCCUGACAUUGUAACUAAGCAGACUAGGUAAUAGAAAUACACAUAUGAAUAAAUUUUUCUCUUGGUUCUGAAAUUGGUUUCAGGUUUUUCUCUCAUUGGACUGAAAUGCAACUUCAUAGGAACCAGCUGCAGUUGUAUAAUGCAC